AUGUCUCUUGAAAAUGAUUUAAAACGUCACAACAUAAGUACAUCCACCGAUGAUGUCUUUGGAUCUGUUGCAAAUCAAAAAACUGUUAAGAAGUAUUUUGAUAUCCUCACAAAUUGUUCUAGAUGUUUCCCAACUGAAUGAAGACUUCAAGGAGUUGGAAGGAAUUGAUAUUCCAUACGAAAAAAUGGGGUUUAAGACACUUUUGGACUUUUUAUGCUCUAUUACAGAUGUAUUAUUAGUGGAUGGAGAUUCGAUGUAUUCAAAAGUGCACCAAGUUCAUUCUGAGAAAUCGGCUCAUGUGAAAGAAAUGGUAAAAAAACAAAGGCCCUCGACAAAAUUGGGCAGAUUUUCCUCGAAAAAAAUCAGAAAUGAACAAUGUGAAAGAUUAUCCAGAGAUAAUAUUGAGCAAAUUGAAUCGUCUGACGUUGGGAAACAAGAAUAUUUGGAUAAUUACGAUAAUGCCACUAAUAGUAAUUUCACCUUCGAAGAUAACACUCAACUGGAAAAUAAUUGUGAAGGGAAUAGUAAAAAAUUAUACAUUGUAGAGAGGGAUCCAUUUGAGUCAUUUGAAGACGUAAACGAAUAUCCAAAAGUGGAUAUCACUCAGAGUUCAAGCAUUGUAAUAAAAAAUUUCAAUUUCAUUGAUGACGAUUUGUUAGAAAUGAGUACGAACUCCCUUAAAAACAAUUAUGAAGAGAAAAAUCUACUUUACAACAGUCCUACCAACGACAAUUUCAAUUUCGAAAUAAAUUCAGUUGUGAACAUUGAACAUGACGUAGAAGAGAAUAGUGGAAACAUUGAUAUUUUGUUCGUGAAGAGUAUGAAUCGAAAACAACCUAGAAAACCCAAGACAAGCAGCAAAAUAACAAGAAAGAUUCCCAAAGUAAUUUCAAUUGAUUCCAUUCAAAAUUCUAGUCAAGAUGAGUUAAACGAGCAUGUAUCGAUAAAUAAUUUAAAAAGUAUUAUUUCAAAGCCACCAAUCAGAAAUACACGCAAGAAACGAAAUGUUUCAAGUAUUAAAGACACAAAUAAAGAACAAAAAGUGUCCAGUCCCAUCAGUAAGAAAAAAGAAGUGAACAAUAUUCCAAGAAUAUUCAAUGAUGAUCAAAAUUUUGUUUUACCAACAUUUGAAAGCACUGGGACUGAGAACCAAGAAAAUUUUCAAACUGACAAGGGACAAAAUGUUUUGAACAGUAUGAAAUUCGUUCAGAAUACGCAGGUGGGUAUAAAAGAAAACGUCAAUUCAAAUGACGCAACGUCAAAGGUGACCCAAAACGAACAAAUGUCACGAAAAUCAAAAAAACAAUUUUCACGAUGUUUCACACUCGAUGAAUCUGAAACGAAUGAAAAGAAUAAGGAAGAAUAUUUCGAGGAAAUUCCAGCUCCAGUCAAUUGUAGGGUACCCAAGAUGCGUCAUAAUGAAAAAAAAAGUUCAAAGUCCCCUAGUAUGUCUGGGGACCAACAUAAUAAAAAUUCAUCAACAAGAAGAAGUUUCAAAAAAAUGAAAGAAAGAAAUCUGGUAGAUAGUACCUCAGGCGAGGUGAAGAAGGAGAAAAUUGAAAUCCAAGAUUAUAGUGAACAAAAUUCAACUUUUGUUCAAAUAGAAGGAUAUCAUAAUCAUAAUAAUGGAAAUAUAGAAGAAUUAAAAGAUUCUCGAUCUGAAGAAUACAGAAAUCACCAGAUUGUUAAUAUCGACCUGGAAUUGGAAUUCUCUUCAGGACAGAAAAUUGGUGAUGUCAGAAAAAACUCCCCAAUCGUUCAUCUGCAAGCGUUCGCACACUCUGAUCCGUAUUCGCAAAACGGAAAUUUAAAAAUACCGGAAAUGGACGUGAAUACACCUGAAGAUUUCAAGAAGAAUCACCAGAAUAAAGUUCGGAAAAGUACAGGACAACCACAAAAUAGAAGAAGAGAAAUCCUCAACAAUAAUAAGAAUAAGAGAAAUAAUUCGCAAAUCGUGAACCUAAGAACAUCGCAAAGAAUUUUAACUAACAAGCAAACUUCCAAUUCUGAUACGAAUUCAGUAUCAAAAAAAUUUCAAAGCACUAAUAGAAGAAAAAACAAAGGAGAAAAUGGUUUUGAAAUUCCCAAUUUUGUUCAAUGUUUCGAGCUAAAAACUUCAGUAGUGUUAGCAAAGCACGACAACCCAUUAAGAAAAAAUCAAAAUGAACAAAAAAAAUUACAUAAUGUAAAAGGUAAUCAUCUGAAUAAAUCAAAAUGUGACAAUAAAUCAAACAGCAGAUCAUUUAAUAAAGAAAGACAAAAUGAUCAAAAUAAUUCCAUUUCCAAUGUCGAAUAUAUUAACGUUUCUGAAAAACAAGAAGAGAAAAUCGGAAAAAAAAUGUCAAUAUAUCAAGAAGAACCAACUAUAUCGGAAAUUUCUUAUAGUGAACAAAAGGAGAACAAGAAACAGUUAGUUGCUUCAAAACAAUAUGAAAAUAUUUUGAAACGAGUGAUUCCAUAUUGUUCUGAUAUUAAAGAAAAUUGCGAAGACGAAGAAAUAGUAAGUUACGACAAGCAAAUCAUUGGUAGGAUAUCAAGAAGAAUCGAAACCAAAAUGUGUAGACAAAUUUCUGAUCCAAAAAAGAAUAAUCACAAAAAGGAAGAACUUGGUGAACUAAAUGACCCAAGCUUGAGAAGUAAUAUUAAAAAACAAAUAGAUACGAGAAUUUUGAAACAAAAACAUUACUCACGAGAUUUUUAUUUCGAACAGAAUAAUGUGGGCGACUCUAAGAUUAAUGGUAGGGUAUCCAGAAGAGUCUACCUCACGUGAAUAAAUUCCAAAGCUGUAAAAUCUGGAUGACAAAAAUUGUUGAAGAAGAAUUUGGAUGAUUUGGUACAAAAUUUCUUCCUUGGAAAUAUAUCUGUUGAAUAAUUUAAAUAAGAAUAUCAUUCACAAGUUUAGUCCUUAUCAGUUUAAUUCAUGAGCACGAAUCAAUUUUUCCAUAGGUUAUUCAUUUCAAUUGAUAAACUUAUAGUUGAGUGUAGUUGGAAUCAAAUAUUAAAUGAAUAAAU